AUGAGGUCCCCGGUCCGCAGCCUGGCCCCAAACGACGGCGAUGAGGGCGCAGACAGCACGCCCCUCUUGCAGGGCUCCCCGCGGGCCGAAGCCGCUCCGGUAUGCUGCUCUGCUCGUUACAACUUAGCCAUCUUGGCCUUUUUUGGUUUCUUCAUUGUCUAUGCAUUACGUGUGAACCUGAGUGUUGCAUUAGUGGAUAUGAUAGUUUCGAACACAACCUUAGCAGAGAACAGCACUUCCAGCGAAUGUCCAGAGCAUUCUGUCCCCCAAAAAAUUCUUCAUAAUCAAACGGGUAAAAAGUACCAAUGGGAUGCAGAAACUCAAGGAUGGAUUCUUGGCUCUUUUUUUUAUGGCUACAUCAUCACACAGAUUCCUGGAGGGUAUAUUGCCAGCAAAGUUGGCGGUAAACUGCUGCUAGGAUUUGGGAUCCUUGGUACUGCUGUCUUCACCCUGUUUACCCCGCUUGCUGCAGAUUUAGGAGUUGGAUAUCUCAUUGCUGUCAGAACUCUGGAAGGAUUAGGAGAGAUCUUUGGUGUGAAUGUGAACCAAAAAUUAACAUUAGAAGGAGCACAGCUUGGAACAGUAAUUUCUCUUCCUCUUUCUGGAAUAAUUUGCUUUUAUAUGGAUUGGACUUAUGUUUUCUACCUUUUUGGUAUAAUUGGAAUAUUUUGGUUUAUUUUAUGGAUCUGGUUAGUGAGCAAUACACCAGAAACUCACAGAACAAUCUCCCGUUCUGAAAAGGAAUACAUUCUUUCAUCGUUAAAAAAUCAGCUUUCUUCACAGAAGUCAGUGCCAUGGAUACCCAUGCUAAAAUCACUGCCACUUUGGGCUAUUGUAGUUGCACAUUUUUCAUACAACUGGACUUUUUAUACCUUAUUGACAUUAUUGCCUACUUACAUGAAGGAGAUCCUAAGGUUCAAUGUUCAAGAGAAUGGGUUUUUAUCUGCAGUGCCUUACUUUGGCUGUUGGUUAUGUAUGAUACUUUCUGGUCAAGCAGCUGACAAUUUAAGAGCAAAAUGGAAUUUUUCAACUAUAUGUGUCCGCAGAAUUUUUAGCCUUGUGGGAAUGAUUGGACCUGCAGUAUUCCUGGUAGCUGCUGGAUUUAUUGGUUGUGAUUAUUCCUUGGCUGUUGUGUUUCUGACCAUAUCCACAACACUGGGAGGCUUUGGCUCGUCUGGAUUCAGCAUCAACCACCUGGAUAUUGCUCCUUCGUAUGCUGGUAUCCUCCUGGGCAUCACAAAUACAUUUGCCACUAUUCCAGGAAUGAUUGGACCUGUCAUUGCUAAAAGUCUGACUCCAAAUAACACUAUUAGAGAAUGGCAAACUGUGUUUUAUAUCGCUGCUGCUAUUAAUGUAUUUGGUGCAAUGUUCUUUAUGCUGUUCGGCAAAGGUGAAGUGCAAACCUGGGCUCUCAGUGAUUACCAUGGACACCGGAACUGA